AUGGUUUCCCCCAACUACUCGUAUUACCACAGAUUAAAGUCACUUGGCUACACCAAUACAUGUGUGCCUGUACGUCAGAACUGUGGAGGCUUGGUCCAGGGUCCCAAUGGCACCAUUGAGAGCCCAGGGUUUCCCCAUGGUUAUCCUAACUAUGCCAACUGCACCUGGAUAAUAAUCACAGGAGAGCGCAAUAGGAUACAGUUGUCAUUUCAUACCUUUGCUCUUGAAGAAGAUUUUGACAUUUUAUCGGUUUACGAUGGACAGCCCCAACAAGGAAAUUUAAAAGUGAGAUUAUCCGGAUUUCAGCUACCCUCCUCUAUAGUGAGCACGGGAUCUAUCCUCACUCUGUGGUUCACGACAGACUUUGCUGUGAGUGCCCAGGGCUUUAAAGCACUGUAUGAAGUUUUACCUAGCCAUACAUGUGGAAAUCCUGGGGAAAUAUUAAAAGGAGUUCUCCAUGGAACCAGAUUCAAUAUAGGAGACAAAAUCCGAUACAGCUGUCUCUCUGGCUACAUCUUGGAAGGUCACGCGAUUCUGACCUGCAUUGUCAGUCCUGGGAACGGUGCAUCGUGGGACUUCCCAGCUCCUUUUUGCAGAGCUGAAGGAGCCUGUGGAGGGACAUUACGGGGGACAAGCAGCUCCAUCUCCAGCCCUCACUUCCCUUCAGAGUACGAAAACAAUGCUGAUUGUACGUGGACCGUUCUCGCCGAGCCAGGGGACACCAUUGCUUUAGUCUUCACUGACUUCCAGCUUGAAGAAGGGUACGACUUCUUAGAGAUCAGUGGAACAGAAGCACCAUCCAUAUGGUUAACUGGUAUGAACCUUCCCUCUCCUGUUAUCAGUAGCAAGAACUGGUUACGACUCCAUUUCACAUCUGACAGCAACCACCGUCGCAAGGGAUUCAAUGCUCAGUUUCAAGUGAAAAAGGCAAUAGAAUUGAAGUCAAGAGGAGUCAAGAUGCUACCCAGCAAGGACAGCAGCCAUAAAAACUCUGUCUUGAGUCAAGGAGGUGUCGCAUUGGUCUCUGACAUGUGUCCAGAUCCUGGGAUUCCAGAAAAUGGUAGAAGAGCAGGUUCUGACUUCCGGGUUGGUGCAAACGUACAGUUCUCCUGUGAGGACAAUUAUGUGCUCCAGGGAGCCAAGAGCAUCACCUGUCAGAGAGUCACAGAGACACUUGCUGCUUGGAGUGACCACCGGCCGUUCUGCCGAGCUAGAACAUGUGGAUCAAAUCUGCGUGGGCCCAGUGGCGUCAUUACGUCCCCUAACUACCCGGUUCAGUAUGAAGACAACGCGCACUGUGUGUGGGUCAUCACCACAACCGACCCGGACAAGGUCAUCAAGCUUGCCUUUGAAGAGUUCGAGCUGGAAAGAGGGUAUGACACCCUCACAGUUGGGGACGCCGGGAAAGUGGGAGACACCAGAUCUGUGUUAUACGUACUCACGGGAUCCAGUGUUCCUGACCUCAUUGUGAGCAUGAGCAACCAGAUGUGGUUACAUCUACAGUCUGAUGACAGCAUUGGCUCGCCUGGAUUUAAAGCUGUUUACCAAGAAAUUGAAAAGGGAGGAUGUGGGGACCCUGGCAUUCCUGCCUAUGGGAAGCGGACUGGCAGCAGUUUUCUCCAUGGAGAUACGCUCACCUUUGAAUGCCAGGCAGCCUUUGAGUUGGUGGGCGAGAGAGUUAUCACCUGUCAGCAGAACAAUCAGUGGUCUGGCAACAAGCCCAGCUGCGUAUUUUCAUGUUUCUUCAACUUUACGGCAUCUUCUGGGAUUAUUCUCUCACCGAAUUAUCCAGAGGAAUAUGGUAACAACAUGAACUGUGUUUGGUUGAUUAUAUCUGAGCCAGGAAGUAGAAUCCACCUCAUCUUUAAUGAUUUUGAUGUGGAGCCACAAUUUGACUUCCUUGCGGUCAAAGAUGAUGGGAUUUCUGAUAUAACCGUCCUCGGCACUUUUUCUGGCAACGAAGUGCCUUCCCAGCUAGCCAGUAGUGGGCACAUAGUUCGCUUGGAAUUUCAGUCUGAUCACUCCACCACCGGCAGAGGGUUCAACAUCACCUACACCACAUUUGGUCAAAAUGAGUGCCAUGAUCCUGGUAUUCCUAUAAACGGACGUCGUUUUGGUGACAGGUUUCUACUUGGGAGCUCAGUUUCUUUCCACUGUGAUGAUGGUUUUGUCAAAACCCAGGGGUCUGAGUCCAUCACCUGCAUCCUGCAGGAUGGAAAUGUGGUCUGGAGCUCUACAGUUCCUCGCUGUGAAGCCCCGUGCGGUGGACAUCUGACUGCUUCCAGUGGGGUCAUUUUGCCUCCUGGAUGGCCAGGAUAUUACAAAGAUUCUUUAAAUUGUGAAUGGAUAAUUGAAGCAAAACCUGGACACUCUAUCAAAAUAAGUUUUGAUAGAUUUCAAACAGAAGUCAAUUAUGACACUCUAGAAGUCAGAGAUGGGCCUGCCAGUUCGUCCCCUCUGAUCGGAGAGUACCACGGCACGCAAGCCCCUCAGUUCCUGAUUAGUACGGGGAACUUCAUGUACCUGCUCUUCACCACCGACAACAGCCGCUCCAGUGUUGGCUUUCUCAUCCACUACGAAAGUGUGACUCUUGAGUCAGACUCUUGCCUUGACCCAGGCAUCCCUGUGAAUGGUCAUCGGCAUGGUAGUAACUUUGGCAUCAGAUCUACGGUGACGUUCAGCUGUGACCCGGGAUAUACACUGAGUGAUGAUGAACCACUUAUCUGUGAGAGGAACCAUCAGUGGAACCAUGCAUUGCCCAGCUGCGACGCCCUGUGUGGAGGUUACAUUCAUGGGAAGAGUGGAACAGUACUUUCUCCUGGAUUUCCAGAUUUUUAUCCAAAUUCUCUGAAUUGUACAUGGACCAUUGAAGUGUCUCAUGGAAAGGGAGUUCAGAUGAUCUUUCACACUUUCCACCUCGAGAGCUCUCAUGACUACUUACUCAUCACGGAGGAUGGAAGUUUUUCCGAGCCCGUUGCCAGGCUCACUGGGUCGGUAUUACCUCAUACUAUUAAGGCGGGUUUGUUUGGAAACUUUACCGCCCAGCUUCGCUUUAUAUCAGACUUUUCAAUUUCCUACGAAGGCUUCAAUAUCACAUUUUCAGAAUAUGACCUGGAGCCGUGUGAUGACCCCGGAGUCCCCGCCUUCAGCCGCAGAAUCGGUUUUCACUUCGGUGUGGGCGACUCGCUGACGUUCUCCUGCUUCCCGGGAUAUCGCUUAGAAGGUGCAACCAAGCUAACGUGCCUGGGUGGGGGCCGCCGUGUGUGGAGUGCACCUCUGCCAAGGUGUGUGGCGGAAUGUGGAGCAAGUGUCAAAGGAAAUGAAGGAACAUUACUGUCACCAAAUUUCCCAUCAAAUUAUGAUAAUAACCAUGAGUGUAUCUAUAAAAUAGAAACAGAAGCCGGCAAGGGGAUUCAUCUCAGAGCACGAAGCUUUCAGCUAUUUGAAGGAGAUAUUCUGAAGGUAUAUGAUGGAAAAGAUAGUUCAUCACGUCCAUUGGGAGCCUUCACUAAAAAUGAACUGACGGGACUGACGCUAAACAGCACGUCCAAUCACCUGUGGCUGGAAUUCAACACCAAUGGAUCUGACACUGAUCAAGGUUUUCAACUCACCUAUACUAGUUUUGAUCUAGUAAAAUGUGAGGAUCCAGGCAUCCCUAACUAUGGCUAUAGGAUCCGCGAUGAAGGCCACUUUACUGAUACCAUCGUUCUGUACAGUUGUAACCCAGGGUACGCCAUGCACGGCAGCAACACUCUGACCUGUCUGAGCGGAGACCGGAGAGUGUGGGACAAACCAUUGCCUUCUUGCAUAGCGGAAUGUGGAGGUCGGAUUCACGCUGCCACGUCAGGACGAAUAUUGUCCCCUGGCUACCCAGCACCUUAUGACAACAACCUCCAUUGCACUUGGAUAAUAGAGGCAGACCCAGGAAAGACCAUCAGCCUUCAUUUCAUUGUUUUUGACACUGAGAUGGCUCAUGAUAUUCUCAAGGUGUGGGAUGGCCCGGUGGACAGUGACAUCCUGCUGAAGGAGUGGAGUGGCUCCGCCCUUCCCGAGGACAUUCACAGCACCUUCAACUCUCUCACCCUGCAGUUCGACAGUGACUUCUUCAUCAGCAAGUCAGGCUUCUCCAUUCAGUUCUCAACAUCAAUUGCAUCCACCUGCAAUGAUCCAGGGAUGCCUCAAAAUGGCACUCGCUAUGGAGACAGCCGUGAGGCUGGGGACACCAUCACAUUCCAGUGUGACCCUGGAUAUCAGCUCCAAGGACAAGCCAAAAUCACCUGUGUGCAACUGAAUAACCGGUUCUUUUGGCAACCAGACCCUCCUACAUGCAUAGCUGCAUGUGGUGGGAAUCUGACUGGCCCAGUGGGUGUUAUUUUAUCACCCAACUACCCCCAGCCCUAUCCUCCUGGGAAAGAGUGUGACUGGACAAUCAAAGUGAACCCGGACUUUGUCAUCGCCUUGAUAUUCAAAAGUUUCAAUAUGGAGCCGAGCUAUGAUUUUCUUCACAUCUAUGAAGGGGAGGAUUCCAACAGCCCUCUAAUUGGAAGUUUUCAGGGCUCUCAAGCCCCAGAAAGAAUAGAGAGUAGUGGAAAUCGUCUUUUUCUGGCAUUUCGGAGCGAUGCCUCCGUGGGCUUAUCAGGGUUCGCUAUUGAAUUUAAAGAGAAACCACGGGAAGCUUGUUUUGACCCUGGAAAUAUAAUGAAUGGGACUAGAAUUGGAACUGACUUCAAACUUGGCUCGACUGUUACUUACCAGUGUGACUCUGGCUACAAGAUUGUUGACCCCUCAUCCAUCACCUGUGUGAUUGGAGCCGACGGAAAGCCCUCCUGGAACCAGGUGUUGCCCUCCUGUAAUGCUCCCUGUGGAGGCCAGUACAUGGGAUCAGAAGGGGUUGUUUUAUCACCAAACUACCCUCACAAUUACACAGCUGGUCAAAUAUGCCUCUAUUCAAUAACUGUACCAAAGGAAUUUGUGGUGUUUGGACAGUUUGCCUAUUUCCAGACGGCACUGAAUGAUUUGGCAGAAUUAUUUGAUGGAGGCCACGCGCAGGCCAGACUUCUCAGUUCACUCUCUGGGUCUCAUUCAGGUGAAACAUUGCCUUUGGCGACAUCAAAUCAAAUUCUGCUCCGAUUCAGUGCAAAGAGCGGUGCCUCUGCCAGGGGCUUCCACUUCGUUUAUCAAGCUGUUCCUCGUACCAGCGACACCCAGUGUAGCUCUGUUCCUGAGCCCAGAUAUGGAAGGAGAAUUGGUUCUGAGUUUUCUGCAGGCUCGAUCGUUCGAUUUGAGUGUAACCCAGGAUACCUACUUCAAGGUUCUGCAGCCAUCCGCUGUCAGUCCGUGCCUAAUGCUUUAGCUCAGUGGAAUGAUACAAUCCCAGGCUGUGUAGUCCCCUGCAGUGGCAAUUUCACUCAGCGGAGAGGUACAAUUUUGUCCCCUGGCUAUCCUGAGCCAUACGGUAACAACUUAAACUGUAUAUGGAAGAUCAUAGUUACAGAGGGAUCUGGAAUUCAGAUUCAAGUGAUCAGUUUUGCCACGGAGCAAAACUGGGACUCCCUUGAGAUCUACGAUGGCGGGGAUAUGGCCGCACCUAGACUGGGAAGUUUCUCAGGUACCACGGUGCCGGCAUUGCUGAACAGCACUUCCAACCAGCUCUACUUGCAUUUCCAAUCUGACAUUAGUGUGGCAGCUGCUGGUUUUCACCUGGAAUACAAAACUGUAGGUCUUGCUGCAUGCCAAGAGCCAGCCCUUCCCAGCAAUGGCAUCAAAAUAGGAGACCGAUACAUGGUGAAUGAUGUGCUCUCCUUUCAGUGCGAGCCUGGGUACACCCUGCAGGGCCGUUCCCACAUUUCUUGUAUGCCAGGAACAGUUCGUCGUUGGAACUACCCGUCUCCCCUCUGCAUUGCGACCUGUGGAGGGACCUUGAGCAACACAGGGGGAGUGAUCCUGAGCCCAGGGUUCCCGGGUUCUUACCCCAACAACUUAGACUGCACCUGGAGGAUCUCGUUGCCUAUUGGCUAUGGUGCACAUAUUCAGUUUCUGAAUUUUUCUACCGAAGCUAAUCAUGACUACCUUGAAAUUCAGAAUGGACCUUACCAUACCAGCCCGAUGAUUGGGCAGUUCAGUGGCACGGAUCUCCCCUCGGCACUGCUGAGCACAACGCACGAAACACUCAUCCACUUCUACAGCGACCAUUCACAGAACCGGCAAGGAUUUAAGCUUGCUUACCAAGCCUAUGAAUUACAGAACUGCCCGGACCCACCUCCGUUUCAGAAUGGGUAUAUGAUCAAUUCAGAUUACAGUGUGGGACAGUCAAUAUCUUUUGAGUGUUAUCCCGGGUACAUUUUGAUAGGCCAUCCUGUCCUCACUUGCCAGCAUGGAAUCAACAGAAACUGGAACAACCCUUUCCCAAGAUGCGAUGCUCCUUGUGGAUACAAUGUAACAUCUCAGAAUGGUACCAUUUAUUCCCCCGGAUUUCCAGAUGAAUAUCCAAUUUUAAAGGACUGCAUUUGGCUUAUCACUGUGCCUCCAGGGCAUGGAGUUUACAUCAACUUCACCUUGUUGCAGACAGAAGCGGUUAAUGAUUACAUCGCUGUUUGGGAUGGGCCAGAUCAGAAUUCACCUCAGCUGGGAGUUUUCAGUGGUAAUACCGCUCUCGAAACAGCUUAUAGUUCUACCAACCAAGUCCUGCUCAAGUUCCACAGUGACUUUUCAAAUGGAGGUUUCUUUGUCCUCAAUUUUCACGCAUUUCAGCUCAAGAAAUGUGAACCUCCCCCUGCAGUUCCACAGGCAGAAAUGCUUACUGAGGAUGAGGAUUUUGAAAUAGGAGAUUUUGUGAAGUACCAGUGCCAUCCUGGGUACACUUUGUUGGGGACUGACACACUGACCUGCAAGCUCAGUUCCCAGUUGCAAUUUGAAGGCUCUCUCCCAACAUGUGAAGCACAAUGUCCAGCAAAUGAAGUCCGGACAGAAGCAUCUGGAGUAAUCCUCAGUCCAGGAUAUCCAGGCAACUAUUUUAACUCCCAGACAUGCUCUUGGAGUAUUAAAGUGGAUCCAAACUAUAACAUUACCAUCUUUGUGGACACAUUUCAAAGUGAAAAGCAAUUUGAUGCCCUGGAAGUAUUUGAUGGUUCUUCUGGGCAAAGUCCUCUGUUAGUAGUCUUAAGUGGAAACCACACUGAACAAUCCAAUUUUACAAGCAAGAGUAAUCAGCUUUAUCUCCGCUGGUCUACUGAUCAUGCAACCAGUAAAAAAGGAUUCAAGAUUCGUUAUACAGCACCUUACUGCAGCCUGACCCACACCCUGAAGAACGGUGGUGUUUUAAACAGGACAGCAGGAGCAGCGGGAAGUAAAGUGCAUUACUUCUGCAAGCCUGGAUACCGCAUGAUUGGCCACAGCAACGCAACGUGUAGACGGAACCCAGUAGGCAUGUACCAGUGGGACGCCCUCCCACCACUCUGCCAGGCCGUGUCCUGUGGAGUCCCGGAAUCACCUGGUAAUGGCUCAUUUACGGGCAAUGAGUUCACGCUGGACAGUAAAGUGACAUAUGAGUGUAAUGAAGGCUUUAAGCUUGGAGCGAAUCAACAAGCCACAGCAGUGUGCCAAGAAGACGGGUUGUGGAGUAACCAAGGGAAGCCACCCAUCUGUAAACCGGUACCUUGUCCUAGCAUUGAAGCUCAGCUCUCAGAACAUAUUAUCUGGAGACUGGUUUCGGGAUCACUGAAUGAGUAUGGAGCUCAAGUACUGCUGAGCUGCAGCCCCGGUUACUAUUUAGAGGGCCAAAGGCUUGCACAGUGCCAAGCAAAUGGAACAUGGACCAUCGGAGAAGAGAGACCAGGUUGUAAAGUUAUCUCAUGUGGAAGUCUGUCCUUUCCCCCAAAUGGUAACAAGAUUGGAACGUUGACAGUGUAUGGGGCCACAGCGAUAUUCACGUGUAACACAGGCUACACUCUUGUGGGCUCUCACGUCAGAGAGUGCUUAGCAAACGGACUCUGGAGUGGCACGGAAACACGAUGUCUCGCUGGCCACUGCGGUUCCCCAGACCCAAUCGUGAAUGGCCAUAUUAGUGGAGAUGGCUUCAGCUACAGAGACACGGUGGUUUAUCAGUGUAAUCCUGGCUUCCGGCUUGUGGGGACUUCCGUUAGGAUAUGCUUGCAGGACCACAAAUGGUCUGGACAAACCCCUGUCUGUGUCCCCAUCACCUGUGGUCAUCCUGGAAACCCUGCCCAUGGAUUUACGAAUGGUAGUGAGUUCAACCUGAAUGACGUUGUGAAUUUCACCUGCCACACGGGCUACUUGCUGCAGGGUGCAUCUCGAGCCCAGUGUCGAAGCAAUGGCCAGUGGAGUGGCUCUUUGCCCACGUGUCGAGUGGUGAACUGUUCGGAUCCAGGCUUUGUGGAAAAUGCCAUUCGUCACGGGCAACAGAAUUUCCCUGAGAGUUUUGAGUAUGGAAUGAGUGUCAUGUACCAUUGCAAGAAGGGGUUUUACUUGUUGGGAUCUUCGGCCUUAACCUGUAUGGCAAAUGGCUUAUGGGAUCGAUCUUUACCCAAGUGUUUGGCUAUAUCAUGUGGGCACCCAGGAGUUCCAGCCAAUGCUAUCCUAACUGGAGAACUGUUUACAUAUGGGGCCAUAGUUCACUACUCAUGCAAAGGUGGCCGAAGUCUUAUAGGAAACAGCACUAGAGUUUGUCAAGAAGACAGUCACUGGAGUGGAACACUGCCCCACUGCACAGGAAAUAAUCCUGGAUUUUGUGGUGAUCCAGGGACCCCAGCACAUGGGUCUCGUCUUGGGGAUGAAUUUAAGACGAAGAGUCUCCUCCGCUUCUCUUGUGAGAUGGGCCACCAGCUAAGGGGCUCUCCCGAGCGAACAUGUUUGCUCAAUGGGUCAUGGUCAGGACUGCAGCCCGUGUGUGAGGCUGUGUCCUGUGGAAAUCCCGGCACACCCACCAAUGGCAUGAUUGUCAGCAGUGACGGCGUCCUGUUCUCCAGCUCGGUCAUCUACGCUUGCUGGGAAGGCUAUAAGACCUCAGGCCUGAUGACCCGGCAUUGCACAGCCAACGGGACCUGGACGGGCACAGCACCAGACUGCACAAUUAUAAGUUGUGGAGAUCCGGGUACGCUGGCAAAUGGCAUCCAGUUUGGGACUGAUUUCACCUUCAACAAGACUGUGAGCUAUCAGUGUAACCCUGGCUAUCUUAUGGAGCCCCUGACGUCAUCCACCAUUCGCUGUACCAAAGACAGCACGUGGAAUCAGAGCAAACCCGUCUGCAGAGCUGUCCUGUGCAGUCACCCUCCUCAAGUGCACAAUGGAAGAGUGGAAGGGACUGAUUUCCGCUGGGGCUCCAGUGUAAGCUACAGCUGCGUGGACGGCUACCAGCUCUCUCACCCGGCCAUCCUCUCCUGCGAAGGGCAUGGGGUGUGGAAGGGAGAAGUUCCCCAGUGCCUGCCUGUGUUCUGUGGAGACCCUGGUAUCCCUGCCGACGGGCGACUUAGUGGGAAAAGUUUCACCUAUAAAUCUGAAGUCUUCUUCCAGUGCAAAUCUCCUUUUAUACUAGUGGGAUCUUCAAGAAGAAUCUGCCAAGCUGAUGGCAUGUGGAGUGGUAUACAACCUACCUGCAUUGAUCCUGCUCAUAACACCUGCUCAGACCCUGGUACUCCACACUUCGGAAUACAAAAUAGCUCUAGAGGAUAUGAGGUUGGAAGCACAGUUUUUUUCAGGUGCAGAAAAGGUUACCACGUUCAAGGUUCUACAACUCGGACUUGCCUUGCAAAUUUAACAUGGAGCGGGAUACAGACUGAAUGUAUACCUCAUGCCUGCAGACAGCCAGAAACCCCAGCACAUGCCGAUGUGAGAGCGAUCGAUCUUCCUACUUUUGGCUACACCUUAGUGUAUACCUGCCAUCCAGGAUUCUUCCUUGCAGGUGGAUCUGAGCACAGGACAUGUAAAGCAGAUAUGAAAUGGACAGGGAAGUCACCUGUUUGUAAAAGUAAAGGAGUGAGAGAAGUUAAUGAAACAGUUACUAAAACUCCAGUUCCUUCAGAUGUAUUCUUCAUCAAUUCAGUAUGGAAAGGAUAUUAUGAGUAUUUAGGGAAGAGACAACCCGCAACUCUAACUGUUGACUGGUUCAAUGCGACAAGCAGUAAGGUGAACGCAACCUUCACCGAAGCUUCUCAAGUGGAGCUGAAAUUGACAGGAGUUUACAAGAAGGAGGAGGCCCACUUACUUCUGAAAGCUUUUCAAAUGAAAGGUCCAGUGGACAUUUUUGUAAGCAAGUUUGAGAAUGACAACUGGGGACUAGAUGGUUAUGUAUCAUCAGGACUGGAAAGAGGAGGAUUUACUUUUCAAGGUGACAUACAUGGAAAAGACUUUGGAAAAUUCAAGCUUGAAAGGCAAGAUCCCUUAAGCUCUGAUCAAGACUCUUCGCAUCAUUACCAUGGCACCAGCAGUGGCUCUGUGGCAGCUGCCAUUCUGGUUCCAUUCUUUGCUCUAAUUUUAUCAGGUUUUGCAUUUUACCUCUACAAACACAGAACAAGACCAAAAGUUCAAUACAAUGGCUAUGCUGGACAUGAAAAUAGCAAUGGACAAGCUUCGUUUGAAAACCCCAUGUACGAUACAAACUUAAAACCUACAGAAGCGAAGGCUGUGAGGUUUGACACAACUCUGAACACAGUUUGUACAGUGGUAUAG